UUUACAAAAUAUGUCAGAUGCUGAAAGGGCGAGGAGGGCGAUUUUGCGAUAUCGCAUAAAAUUGUUUUAAUAUAUAAUUAUUGUAACCACAAUAAUGUUAUCAGUGGUGCUUCGUGAUAGGGCGUACGCACGCCGAAUCCGCCCAGUUUUACGAAUAUAAAACAGCUUUUUAAUCUUUUUUGUUUAAGCGAUAUUGUUUUCACUACGUUUUCGGGAUGUUGAAAUUCAAAAAAAUGGGUUCCGAUAAAGUGCCGUUGUUAUUGGUGACUGCGAACGUCGGAUCAGUGUUUGAGGACCCAUCGGUGAUGCUUCCAAUAUGGACGUCAGAGUUUCUGCAAGCUGUGUCCAGAAUGGAUCCAAAGUUUAUAGCUCUUCAUCUUCAAGAAGUCGGCGGAAAAACUUACGAGAAAUCAAUGCAAUACGUUAAGGAUUUCGUACAGAGGCUGUGUGACUGUCCCGAGUUGAGACUGUUUGAUAAGAUCAGGAUGUAUUUGGACGAAGACUUCAGUUCCUCAGAAAAAUUUACGGCCCUGGGCAAUAUGUACUUUGCUCAUACCACAUUAACCGACCUCAAGAUGUGGGACUUCGAAUUGAAGGCGUACGUUGAUGUUGUCGGCAAAGAGGUCUACAACGGUAACAUAGAGAAAGUACCCACCAAAGAGAAGGCAAAGUUUCCCCAGCAAUUUUUCCCUGAGUGUAAGUGGUCUCGCAAGGGAUUCCUCAGGACUCGUUGGUCCAUACGAGGAACAGCCGUCGAAUUUAUCAACAUUCACUUAUUCCACGACGCAUCCAACUUACUCGCCAUGGAGCCGUUUCCAUCUGUGUAUUGUCGCAGUCGUCGUCGCGCCCUCCGCCACACCCUCCGUCACCUCCACUCUGACGUGAACGCGGCGCCGUACUUCAUUUUCGGUGACUUCAACUUCAGAACAGACACCGGCGGAGUUGUGAAGAAAGUAACGGAAGAUUUGCACGCCUGCCGUCUCCAGAAUUCUAACAACGUGGAGUCGUCCAAGCUGCAGUACCUGAAGGAAGAUCGCGUGGUGCUUACCGUUGGGAAGAAGGAGUUCGCUCAUGUAGACCAUCAGAAGGUGUUCAGGGAGCCCUGGUUACAGAAAUACGAUCGCGAGUUGGAAGCGCUACGUCCCCAUCUGUUCGAGUUCCCCGUAAAAUUCCCGCCGAGCUAUCCCUUCGAGGAAGAUAUACAUUUGCCAACGCAUUACAUGAAAACGAGAUGUCCUUCGUGGUGUGAUCGUGUACUGCUGUCUCCGUCCGCCAGAGUUCUGGUGCAGCACGAUAGAGACAAACACCUGCACACUUCCAGGAAGUCGGUAGCUGAUUCUGAUAGUGGAAGAGUGUCUUCAUCUGAUAGUAGCCCGGGACGAUCUGGAUCCCAGUCUCCGAAGAUACUAGAGAAGAAGCCGAGCUCGUCAGAGUUGGAUGGACUGGUGGUGCCUCAUAUGACCGGAGCCAGGAGGAGCAUCGCAGACCCCACUGGCAUACAACAGGCGAUCAGCGCCAGGGUAUCCGACUCUGAAGCGUCACCAGGUCGUCGUAAAUUGGUGAGGAAUCAAUCGGAGGGCUCGCCCAAAAGUGGUGAAACUUCAGCCGAGUUGAGAAGAUUAGUCGACGCACCGGCGCGAAGACGGAGCGAAUACGGAGUCAUAGGAGACACCACUUGCAUGGGUGACCAUAAGCCGAUAUACCUCCGCGUGAUGCUGCAGUGUGACCGAGGUAACUUCCGUCACGAGUAUCACUCGGAGACUUCUCCGCGACACGCUCUGGACGAGUCGGAUCAGGAAAUGGAAACCAGCUCUCGUUACAUACAGUUCGACGCGUAUAAUAUAUUUAAGGAAACGGAUAUAUAAAGGAUUAUGACAUUAGUCUGUUGGCAGCCUUAAAUAAGGUUCAUUAUUAAAAAGCUAAUUAUAAAAGUUUUCAUUGAUUGGCGCCAAAAUACAAAUCAUAAAAAUUUACAUGAGUGACAAUUUUUUAAAAGGAAUCGUUUAAUUAGACAGUGUCUACAUCAAAAGAACUGCUUAUAAGAAAAAAGUAUUUGCUGUUCAAAAUAUUAGAAUUAAUUUUGAUGUCUCGCUCUAAGUGCUAAUAAUUCAACAAAUCAUAAUUUUUCAACAUAUUGUACAUAAGGAUUACCUUACUUUACCUUUAGGCGAGUCCGAAGGCAAUUAAUUUAAAUAAUAAUUUUUUUAUUACAUGACAUUGACAUAUUACGUCACUUUAUUGUGACAUACGUCAAAAUAUACAAAUUCUAUGAAUAACGUAUUACAGUUUAUGUAAUUAAAAUAAUCAAUGGGCUUGCAUCGUCUAUAUAUAAACUAAAGAUAAAUAAAUCCUCGAAUUAAGGUAGCAUUUCAUCCUCGUAUUCAGGAUAAAAAAAGUAUAAUAAUACAUAUAAAAGUAUUAUAAUUCCAGUAAACGGAUUUAAUAUAUAAAGAUUUUUUUAUUCUUUUUUAUAAAAUAUAAGCAUAAGUUUAUAUUUAACUUGACGUUAAAUUACGGUUUUCAAACGAGAUGUAAAAAAAUCUUUAAGAAUAUAUAUGUAUGAAAAAUGUAUACUUAAAAUGUUUUCCCGCCAAAAAUUUUUUAGCCUCGUCUUUAUCAUAUUCAUUAUUAUAUGCGUGAACUUAAAAUUACAUGAACAUCUUAAAAGAGAAUUUUCUAUAAAUAAAAUUUAGCUACGUAGAUUAAAUCUCCUUUUUAGAUUAAUUCAUAAAUGAUUAUUAAAACUCUUAUUAUAUAAAUCAUAGAUUUUAAAUUCAAACAUUACUUAAAUUAAAAAAAAAAAAUUGAUAUCCAAUACUUCUAGUGAAUGUAGUUAAAUUAGUUUAAUAUUAUUUAAAAUUAAUAUUCUUUGUUUUUAAUAUGAUUAUAAAAUAUAUAUAGUGUACUUAAGAUCGUUCAUGAAAGUCCUUUGACCGCUAUUAAAUAGUACUUUUUUAAAUAAUAUUUUUUAGAUGAUAGUCGAAAGUGUCCAUAUCAUUUAAACUUUCUAGUCUUGCGUAUCUCUCUCUAGUCUAAAAUUUUACUUAAAUCUUUAAAUAAUAUAUCUCCCUAGUACAUUAUAGUUCUAAUAAAAUAUGCACGUGAAAUCGAAUAAUUAAAUAUUUGCGGUAAUGUUACCAGAUAAAAAAACAGGAUUACAUAAAAAAAAAAUUUAAGUUAUACUUAAAUAUUUGAAUAAUAAAAUUCUUAAAAGUAUUUGCUAAAAUUUAAAGAACACGGUAAUUACUUCUAUAUUUUUUCUUUGUAUCGUAUCGUCUUUUAACGUGCCAGAUAUUUUAUAAAAAAAUUGAUGAGUUCUCGUGUAAUUGUCAUGAAUAUUAAGCACUUAUAAUAUUGUAUAUUAAUAAUGUUACUCUAGCUUUAUUAAUAAAAAAAAUAUGUUUAGAAAUGAGUAAGACAUUAAAUAACAAUAUAUUUUCAGGUAACAUUGUCAAUUUUGCGUUAGGCGUUGUUUCUAAACAUGAAUUUACUGUAAAGAUUAAGUUCAUAAUCAAAAAUACAUACAAUGCCUUUGUUACAUCCGUAAAUACAUUGUUAUUUAUAUGAAAACAUUUACCAACAUAUAUUUUUUACUAUGCAUAACUGUAUAAAUAUAUCAAAAUAGUUAACUAAUACCAAUAGUAUAUAGAAUCCAUCCACCGAAUAAUUUUAUUGACUAUUUAUGAAUAUUAUUAUUUAAAUAAAAUCCUAGGAUUAAAUGCUAUUCUCACGUAAUAUACAUUAAAUACUCUUAGUUUGAUAAGCAACGUUAUAUGAAUUUAGUGAAAAUGACAUUUUAAUAUAAUACUCGAUGAACCAUAAUAAACACGUAUUUUAAAGGAAAAAUCUAAAUCUAAUCUCAUAUCUAGAUAUAUUAAGACAAUAUUUUUUUUAUCUAUGGCUUCAUUCGCACUGAAAUUGUGACAUAUUUUAGCAAUGUCGACGUUUUUAUGAUUUUGAAUACUAUGCAGAAAACAAUAGUAAAGAGAUUCCUAGCAGUUUUGAAUUUUAUAAAAAAAAACUUUAAAUUUUUUUUUAAUGUUAUUGAUUACAGUUGGAAUUCGUUCAGCCAAAAAACAGCUGACUUUCAUGUUAAGUAGAAAACAUAACUAGUUUUAUACGAAUCAUUCUCAUUUUUAUUGGAAGUUAGUCUCGAAAUUAAAUAACUUAACUAAGAAGCCAUAAACCAAAAAAAAAGUAUUCAAAUCUAAGGAUCAUAAAACUCGUGACAGUUUGAUAAAUACCUUACUUGAAAAUCGGUUCUUAUUACAAAGAAAGUUCCUGUUGAUUAAACAAUACUAAAUAUUGAAAUGCCGUAGAAAAACUGUGUACUUAAUAUAUAAGAUUUAAAUAUUAUUUGCCCAGAACCGCCUUAUAAACGAUAUCUUUCACAGAAAUAUUCACGUUCAUAGCUUAAACACAGAUGUAAUAAUGUUUAGAGAAAUUUAUCUAUACAUUUUGUAAUUUAAUAAUACCUUAUAGAUAUUUAAGUAUGGAAUAACUUAUGUUAGUUUUAUUAAUAUUUAUUACAUGUUUAUAUAACUUAUGUCAUCAACUCUAUAGCUAUAGAUUAAAAUAUAUGAUAAUGACAGAUCCAUGACACUGAACCACAAAUUUUUUAACACCUACCUACAUACGAGUAUACAAAAAAAAAUAUUCAGAUUCCAGCGUGCAAAAAACGCAGUACUGCAAUAUACUUAACACGAGUUUGUAUUAUCUUGUUUGUCUUGUUCCUGAUAAUCUUUCAAUAACCUACAUUCAUACAAUAAUGUACAAAUAUUUAUGAACGUAAAAAUGUGAACGCUCAGUUUAUUGUGACAAUCCAAAACUUAGAAAACACAUGCAUACAGUAAUAAACCCGUUACUAAAUGAUCGCAGUUCUAAACAAUAUUUUCUAAGAUGUUCUAUGAAUCAAGACAAUUAAAUCGUCAGUACUUAAGGUUACACUUAAAUAAGUACCUCAUACAUAAAAUAUGCCGUGGCUAUAUUCCAUCGACAAACAAUAAAAGAUAAGUUCCAAUAAAAUACUUCGACAUCGUAUCCUAAACCCUAAACGGUAUAAGUUAGUAAGAUUUGCUUCACGACAGUCCUAAUUCCAAUAUUAGUUACCGCUUCAAGGAAUCUGUGUAUCAGAUUUUCGUGGUACAACACCAAGAAAAUUGCAUUUAAGUAUCUCAUAUUGUGAAAUGAUUCUCACUGCAUGUUAUUUUAUUCGAUGAAAAUUGUUAUUGAUGUCUAGUUAUAAAUAAAAUGUUGAAAAUA